AUGAGUCCUCUCCGCCGGCACCGGACUUCCGCAGGUGACGAUGAUCAUGAGCGACCUACCAGCACUCGAAAGACGAAACGAGCCAGGACCGAUGGUGAAGAGUCCGACGAUGUGACAGCCCAUGGCAAAACUCGGAUGCGAGUCACACGAGCAUGCAACGAGUGUCGAAAACGAAAAGAUCGUUGCGAUGGUGGCCGUCCAGAAUGCCGACCAUGUCUAGACGCAGGGCGUUCUUGCAGCUAUAACCCACCGAAGAAACGUGGCCUACGAACAGGCUAUGUCCGAGCCCUAGAAAUCCUCUUGGGCAUGAUUUUCAGCUCGAUAGACGAGUCUGAUUCCUGGAUUUCUGCACUGCUCGAUGGCCAAGGCUGGAAGCCGCCCUUCCGUCUGGCAGCCAUCGGGCCCACCUUGGCUGAUGAUGGAGACGCCUGCGAGGGAUUCGUCGAUGCCUGGAGAAAGACAGAAGCGCUAAAACAUAUCGAACAGUGGCUUUCUGUUGCGGAACCGUUAGAAAACGACAAUGAGGGCAACUCUGACAAAUCCUUUGACUCCCGAGUCAAGGAAGCCAUCCCUCUCAUAACAAAGAUUCGAGGCGAACAGGACAGCCAAAACAGCACGACUACUGACAUGGCAAGUCCUAUGAACACGAGCACUACCUCCCCAGCGCGUAACCCUAGCCAGGAUACCGGGACAAUUCCCAGCACAUCUGACUCCAUUGCGCAAGACGCCGAGAACAACAUCGAUUCAAUUCUGAUGGCCACUCAAGUCUUCUCGCCCUUGCAAGAUACGACAAUGCGACAGGAAUCUUUGUCUCGGCCCCAGUCUGGACGCUCGGAGCUCCCCGACAACUGGUCCAUCUUAUUGGAUACCUAUUUCUCAAACACGCACUCCUGGCUACCGAUCUUCCAAAAGCACGAAAUACUUAGGCUAGCGUACGUGCUGGAGAGUUGCGAUAAUCGUUCGAGGACAGCCGACUCAAUGUCGCACGGAGACCGGUGCUCACUGUGGGCGGUACUGGCAUACUCUUCACACCUUUCCAAGACCGAGGAGCACAGCACAAAUGCGGUCGCCCUACACGCUAGGACGAGGCAUCUUCUCGGCGAAAAGUUGGAGAAAUACGAGUUGGGCCACAUCAGAGCUCAUAUGAUUCUUGCAUUAUUGCACCUGAGUCGCGGCGACAAAACGGCCACAUGGCUUGCCGCUGGAAAAGCAACGUAUGCCGCCGCGGCCCUUCUCCUAGCCCCCGAUACGACGAAUACAUCGCAAGGCCAACUUGACGAAGGCUCCAAGAGGACUUUGGCAUGCUGCUUUGUAUUAGAAACUAUGGUUGCUAGUUGGUUAGGUACGCGACCGUACUUCAAGCGUUCCGACCUCGCCAAAGUUGGCACGCUAGCGACAGACUCUAUGGAAGAGUGGGAACCGUGGCAGAUGAGGGACGGACAGGGCCGCACAUUCCACUCGCACCACAGCCCGGGACAUAUAAUCAGCACCUUCAACCAUCUUGUUCAACUAGCCGUAUUUCUGAACGACCUUCUAAGACUGCGCAAUCAAGAUGGUGAGAAUGAGCGAAUCCGCAAGCUGGACCGGGCUCUGAAAAGUUGGAGUCAGCAGAACAACCCUCAAUGUCAAACAUCUUCCGGGGCCGAGGCUUCGCCACAGAUGUUCAAUUUGCAGCUCAUGUUUGCUGGCAUCUUCGAGGCCGCGAGAACGGAACACCUACGACUAGCAGGAGACCGUCCUAGCUUUGACAUUAAUGGCAGCUACGGACGGAUGGAAGAGCAACGCAUGCUGCUGGAACAACGAAUGAAGUCUAUGGGAACUUCUUCUACACCCCCAACCGUUGUCAUUCUUCUUUGCUGGUUUGAGAGAUCGGUGGAUGCUCAAGUCAGGGUUCAGAAUCACGCCAGGAUGAGAAUGCAACUCCAGGCGUUGCGGGUGUCCAUCUCCACGACAAUCGAAAGCUACCUUCAGACCCAAACGCCCCUGAAAGAUACUCAUGAAAGCGCAUCGAAUCUUCUUAAUGCUGGCAGCAUGUCCAAUUCCUUCGCCCAGUCGGGUGGACAGUCGACCCAGUCGGCCUUUCAUCUGGGGUUUGCAACUCCCGCUAGCUCCGGCCUAUCUACCCAGUCUCGAGAAUCAAACCCUUCAAUCUUCCAAGGGCUGGGCGACCCAUACAACCGCAACUCGGUCAGAAACACGCCAAUGGGCCAGAGCAAUCUCUUAACGACUCAGACUCAAGGGCUCAUGUCUCAGCCGCCGUCGAUAGGUCCAGAUAUGAAUAUCGAUCCUCUCUUAGAUGCAGUUUCGGCGGAAAUGGACGACAAUGAGCUUUUCCAAAGCUUAGCUAGCUUGGACUCGGCAGAUUGGUCCACAAAUCCUCCCGAGUUCAUGGAGCAUCUUGGCAUCCCACGGGGCAUUGCUUCAGAUCUGCAAUCAUUCUUUGACAAGGACCCCGGGUGA